AUGGAGUGUAUAAAAACAGUUAGUUUUUCAGUGCUUAUUAAUGGAGAAGCUACAGAACCAUUUGAAACUGCUAGAGGACUUAGGCAAGGGGAUCCCAUUUCCCCUUUCCUGUUUGCAAUAGUUAUGGAGUACCUCAGUAGAUCACUUGCUGAAUUGAGGAAAGAGUCAACAUUCCAAUACCACCCUAGAUGCAAAAAGCUAGGUAUCACUCACAUGAGUUUUGCUGAUGAUCUACUACUGUUUGCCAAAGGAGACCUUGAAUCUAUUACUGCCAUGUUUCAAUACUUCUCUCAAUUCUCUGAAGCCUCUGGACUACAAGCUAAUUUGGGUAAAAGCUCAGUUUACUUUGGGGGAGUAAAACAGGAAAUGAAGAAACAGAUUAUUGAUCACCUGGGAUUUGCACAUGGAGAAUUACCAUUCAAAUACCUAGGUAUUCCUCUAUCCACCAAGAAAAUUGCCUUGAUUCAAUGGCAACCUUUAGUGGAGAAGAUUACUGCCAAGAUCACUUCAUGGACUGCCAAGAAGUUAUCUUAUGCUGGGAGGUUGCAAUUAGUUCAAUCAGUGGUAUUUGGCAUUCAAGCUUAUUGGGCUCAAUUGUUCAUCAUACCAGUCAAAGUGCUAAAGAUAAUUGAAGCAAUUUGUAGAAGCUUUAUAUGGUCUGGAUCCAACACUAUUACUAAAAAAGCUUAUGUUUCAUGGGAUAGGAUGUGUACUCCUAAAUCUGCUGGUGGAAUGAACCUCAUCAAUUUUCUGCUAUGGAAUAAGGCAGCAAUUGCAAAGGUAUGCUGGGAUCUAGCUCAUAAAGAGGAUAAGCUGUGGAUCAGGUGGAUUAAUGCUUUCUAUAUAAAACAUUAUCAACUAGAGGAUAUGCCAAUUCCUAAACAGGCUAGUUGGAUGGUUAGGAGAAUAAUUGCCUCAAGAGAUAUUCUGCAACAACUCCAACGCUCAAGUGUUCACAAGGGCUCCAUCAGACAAAUAUACCUACAACUACUAGGAGAUCUACCAAGAGUAAGUUGGAAGAACCUAAUCAUGCAAAACUAUGCUCGACCAAAAGCAGUGUUCAAUCUAUGGUUAAUGCUACAAGGAAGAUUGCCAACCAAGGAUAGACUGGCUAAAUGGGGAAUGAACAUAAACCAACAGUGUGUUUUGUGCCAAGGACAUAAAGAGACAAAAGAACAUUUAUUCCUGUCAUGCUCAUUUUCAGAAGACUUGUGGAAGCAAGUAAUGCAAUGGAUUCAAGAGGAACAGCCAAAGAAUCAUACCUGGGACCAAAGGCUUCAAUGGAUCAUUAGCAAAGCUAAAGGAAAAUCAAGCAGAGCCAGUAUUUUCAAGAUGGUGAUCACUGAAGUUUCAUAUGCACUAUGGAUGGAAAGGAAUGCUCGUAUAUUUGAGAACAAAUAUCGCAACAGUGAAGUCUUAGCAAGAGAGCUAGCUUACAUAUGUAAUGUUAGAGGAAACCCUAGAACUAAAGCAAAUGCAGCAAUUCUUGAUAUAGUAGACUAG